AGCUGUUCGCCAGAAGUAGCCGUCAUUCCAGGAUGGCUGUUCCAUCCACUGCAUCCUCGCCGCCGCACGACUCUUCUCAAAUUCGUCCAAUUCUGUUGAAUGAGCGCCUGAAGGUCAAAUCAUACGAUGGUGGAUCGCAGAGAGGUAGAGCUCAAUAUGACGUUAGGCAUGUUCUUACGCCGCUGGCAGAUCCAUUCCACAGCUCCAACAGUGGAACCAAAUUCAAUUUAGUGCUGGAAAGCUCGGAAGAUUUUACGGUGACCCAUGUGUUUGUUUCCGGCCCUGGAUCUCGCUGCUCUGAGCCCAUCAGAAGCGGCCUCAUAUUCAUCUCGGAUUCUCUUCCCUCGGUGGAAGAAAGUAGACGCUACGAUGGCUUGGGUGAAGAGGAACUGCAGGAGGCAGUGAAAGCUUUUGCCUCGGGUGCUGGAAGUGCAGAUCCAAACUUGCCGGGGCCAUGUGCCUACUUCAAAACAGAUGCGACAAGCCGAGAGGUUGAGGUGGAGCUGCCAAAAUGGGUCCAGGGUAGAUACGCUAUGGUGAAGUUUCUGGACACGCAUGGGCGUCAGGACCACAUAGAGGUUGCCAUGCUGGCGCUUGUGGGACUUCCUGGACAGCGAGCAUCCGAACAGGUGCCAUUAGGACCGUGGAUGCGAAGAUCGGUGCGGCAGCCGAAAGUUCACCCGAACUGCCUGAAGAGUAUGUUUUCUAGUGGUGGUUGGGUCUGUGAUGGGCGAGACGUGCCUGGUGGUUGUCGGAGUGGAAUGACCGACUUUCACCAGUCAUCGGUAUUUACAAUAACGUUUCGCUGUCCUUCCACAGGCUUUGACCUAUGUGAGGCCUGUGCCUUCGAUGCCAAUUUGGGCCAAGUCACCCAGGAGACUGUUCGAGCAGACAUAGAGGCACUCCGAGACCCCAGCAAGUGCCGUCUGGCUUGCAGCCGAUUGAGGAACCUGUUGCGGAGGAACUGGCUAGCCAGUCUGCCAGCACUCAUUGAUGGUGGUCUCUUCGAUGUACUGGCUGAAGCAUUGCAAAGCCCAUCCUGGCCAGCCAAGCCAGAUGUUGAGAUUGGAGAGGACCCAGCAGAGCCACUUGCAGUCGGAACACGUGUGGAAGCUCGGUAUCAGCUGAGCAGCGGCCGGAUCACAAGCAGGUACUAUGCUGGAAGAAUUGUUGGCAGAAAUGAGGACGGCAGCUACCAGGUGGACUAUGAUGAUGGGGACAAAUGGUACAAUGUUCCACAGGACGCUGUUAUUCGCCGGAGCGCCACCGCAGCGGAUGCGCAGCAGGAAAGCAAGAAGGGACCGCAGCAGGCUCUUCGCUCCACAGUCUUGGAGCUGGCGCAGCGGCUCUUCUCCCGCUGUGCGGGUCUUGCAGCGGGCGACCAGGUUCUGGCGCGGCGACCGGGCUCGGACCGAUGGGAGGAAGGCAAGAUCUUGGCUCUCCCGUCUCCCUUUGCCAACGUGCCAGAGCCCGGUAUCGGCAAUGGUGAAGCUGUGGCAGAGGGCUUCGGAUACUAUGUUUGCUGGCGAGAUGGGCGGCAGAUGGUGUGGGUAAGGCCGUCUGAUGUAUUCAAGGCAGCCACUGGCACCCGAAAUGCUAUGACGGCCACCAUUGGCCUCUUUACCGAGGUGGCACAGGGAGAAGCUUGUGAUCAGUCAGCCAUCGCAAGGCAUUUGCAGCGCGGUGCUGACCUUGCAGCCGCUGAUGGCUCUGGAUAUCCCGUGCUUCUGUUGGCAGUCAGGGCGGGUGCCCCUGUGGAGGUGGUGGAGCAACUGAUCGAUACCGGUGCUUGCGUGGAGACAUCUGGACCGCUGGGUAUGACGCCGCUGGAGCAGGCUCGUGCUGAUGCUCAACGUGGAAAGGAAACCGCGGUGAAGCUGGAGGCAUUGCUGAGUCGUACUUCACCGGCAUUAAGUGUAUCACCUCAAGAGCAGCUCAGGACCCUUCGGACGUCUUUUGGGCGGCGCAUCCUUGGCCCGAUCCUGACAUCAUACUCAGCAAGUGCCAUUCCAGUGGAGCUGCUGGAGGUGUUGCAAUUCUUGCUCCAGUCUCUGGACUUCCAGGUGCUGGUGGAUUGCCUUACGCCGUCUUUGCUUCGAGCGCUUUCGCGACUGCUUCAGCACACAAUUGGAGGUGCAGAUGGCCUGAAGACGGCACUUCUGGGCUGUCGGAUAUGCAGGGCACUGGUUUCCCAUGAUGAGGCAAGCUUGGCCCGAUUCGUUCACUGCCAUGGAGUGUUGCGUUGGGCCAACUGGCUGGCCUCGCGGAAGCCAACCGGGCCUCCGCCACCGCCACGCAGCGGAAAUUCGAUGUCUUCUCUCUUUUCUGGCCAUCAGCAGCAGCAGCAUCAGCAGCUUCAGCAGCGGGCAGCGGGCGAAGAGCUCUCCUCUGAGGCGUCGCUGCUCGCGCUUGAGCUGGCUGAGGCAGAGGAAUGGUCUCCUGAUGCAUCGCUGGCUGAGACGAUCGCUGCUGUUGGCAGGGCGGAUGCUCGUGGCACUCCUGACUCUACUCUUGAGGCGCUGCAACGGCUUCGGCACUACUUAGAGAUGGACGGCGACAUCCCCAGCGGCCUGCUCGGGCUGGACCUUCUGCGCGCCACCAACAUGUGCACAGCCUAUGCCUUCGAAAAGCUGGACCUCGCAGGUCACCUCCUGAGCUUUCUGAGAUGCGGAGAACCUGAGGACAGACGCUCCAUCAAUGUCAACAGCUGGGAAUGCUUGACCAAGGCACUUUCCUCGGUGCCCGGCGGCAUGAAGCAGCUCAUCCGCACACUGCAUGCAAUCAUCGAGAUAGGAGAAAAGUUUCCGGUCUGGCAUCAGAAGCGCGAGCGCGGUUUACGAGCUCUCACCGACCCCGUGAAUCUCAAAGUCAGGCAUGUGCACUCGUCUCCAAAGCAGUUCUCGGUACCAGUAGAACCGAUAGCACCCAUCAGUGAGCUGCGACGAUAUCUACUGCGAGUGACACCAGUUGUGGCAGAGGGGUUCUUGUCCUACUGCCACUCGAUAGUUGGAGCCAACAUUCUAGAGCGAACAAAUUCAAGCGCUGACUGGGAGAAGGCCACAGUGACAGCCUUUGAGGUUUUGAUUGGAGAGAUUCCGCUUCCAAUCCACACAAUCCAGCGCCCCGGCAAAGACGCACAGAAGGUGCUGCUGGCCAUGCGUGAGCACCAGCUGCUCACAGCUCCGAACACAGCCAACGAGCUCUGCGUACAUCUGGCACGGCUCCAGGUAGCAGCCGGAUCAACCAUGUACCAUGCAGUGGUGAAGGCGAUGCGCAGCUCUAUCCAGGAUUUUCUGAGCAGUGACAUGGAGGAGUCGCUGACACUUUCUCCUGAGGUGGAGACCUUGCGCGAUGCCGCCAUGGUCGCUGCAAAGUCUCUUCCAGACGCCUGUGAAAUCUUGGAUGCCGAGCUGGCACGUGUGGCUGCAGCUGCGGAUGCUCCAAAAUCAGGGAAUGCAACUGCCUCGGACAACACGGUGCACCCUCACAUGCGGGCGCACACAGUGUCUCUCGUGGCUUCUGACGAGAUCCCGUUCGACGUGUUCUGGCCAAUGGUGCGUGACGAUAUUCUGGGAGCAGUUCGGGAGGUCUGCCCACGAGGCCAUCAUUCGUCAGAGAGUGCCAUCCAGGCGGGAGUACAACAGAACGGCAUGGGCCCGCUCGCGACACGGCUAACUCUAGAAGAAGCAGAAAUGCUAGCAGCACGUGUUGGUCACGUGGUUCAAUCAGCAGUGUCAGUAGACCAGGCUGCAGCGCAGGAGAUCAAAGCUGACAGAGACAAGAAAGAAGGUGACCAUGUGGCAGUCGGAGCUCGCGUGCAAUUCCAGCCCCGCGGGGACAACUGGGUGCCAGGUGUUGUAGUUGGUCAUGGACUCGUGCCGCCUGGUGCAGUUCCAAGCGCUCCCAGCGGAGGUACUCGGGGACAGGCCUCCACACCUGGAAGACCUUGUGAUGUCAUUGACGACCAGGGGGUGCUUUGGGAGCGUGUGCCAGCUGCUCGCGUCCACGCUCAGGCCCCACACCACCAGGAGCGUUCUCAAUCCCUGACGCUGAGCCGUCGGGACGCGCCGCUGGAGCUUAGCCCGGCGGGCAGGCUGACUGCAGAGCUUAGCUCACGGCGAGAAGGCCUUUUCGCAGAGCUCAUGCGGUUGAGGGAUCGCCUACGAUUCAGAAGAGAAGAGGAGGAUGAGCCUGAGGUUCCAGAGGGACAGGAGCAGGAGGAUGAUGAAGAAGAAGAGGACGAGGAUGAGGAGGAAAGCGAACAACCUCCUGGAUCCAUGAAUGGAGGAGGCCUUGCCUCAGUGAUGGCGGCAGUUGCAGCGGCCGAGUCCAGCCAGGCAAGUCCCAGAGGAGCAGCUGCGGCUGCCAUGGCAGCGCUGACUGGCGCGAUCAGCAGCAGGCCGCCAUCAGAGAGCGGAUCUGCAAGCCCCCCUGCGACGUUUGGCUUUGCAGGAUUUUCCAACGCUGUUGCCGCUCUCUCCGGUCCACGGCCACCUUCACCGCCCUUUGAGUUGAGACAGAGACAUGACGAGGAGCUCCGUGUGCUCGAGCGAUUUCGGUCCUUGGAGCACAUCCUUCCAGAGGACAUGCUGUCUGGACCAAUGUCUGGCAUUCAGCUCCGACGAGGCAAUGGUGAUGGUGUGCUGGAGAUCCGGCGUAUCUUCGACGGCGAGGGCGGCGGCAGAGGAGGUCGCAGCCGCAACGGAGCUCCCAAGCCGCCGCCCCUUCGUGCAGAGCUUCCCGCUUUCGUGCGAGCUGCGGAUAUGACAAGUCCAUCUGUCUCUUUGGAUCAUCCUGUGGCAGACAGACUGGGAGCAGCGGAUUUGGAGCAGGCGGAGGCGGUAGAGGAGGAUUUGCAGCCGAGCUCACCGAUACCCUCGACAGGUUCGCGGAAGACGUCGAAAACUGGGGCUAGCUCGGGACUCAAAGGCCGACUCCAACCUCAAUUGGCGCUUCGCCUGUGUAUGAUGCCAGCAAGCGAGAGUUCCGAUGCACAGGCAGAGGUACCAGCCCCUUCUAGAGAACUGCCAGAAACAUGGAAUCUGAUGAAGGCCAUACAUCACCUGCAGGAUCAUCCACGCCAAGCCUCACCAGGAUUUUCGCAAGCCAUCGUGGAGAAUUGGAGCCUGGGAUACAAAUUUGUUUGGACAGGGGCGAACGACUUUGCCAGCAUCGUAAGAGAGGCGCAGAACACAAACAUGGAGGUAGAUGAGGAGAUGAGCCCUGCUCUUUCGAGUUCCAAGAACCCCCCAGGAGAAGAACGGCCGCCAAUGGGAAGUCCACCGGUGACACCAGCAAGGAAAAAGAGACGCACAGGUCACCCAGCCAACAUGUCCAGAGAACUCUAUCAGGCUGAGGUGCUUGCCAAUGAGUGCCUGGCAGCAGACAACCCAAGCGUUGCCAAUGCCGUCGAGCUUCUCCGGCUGCUGCAGGCGAACUGCCAUGAGCUGGCCGAGGAUGCCUUGCUGUGGACCUCCGCCAAGUUAGACAAGAAGCUGCAGGUGCAGCUGGAAGAUGCUCUCAGCGUGGUGAGUGCAACACUACCACCUUGGACAACGACUUUGCCUCGGCUGUGCCCAUUCCUCCUGAGUCUGGAAGCGCGAAAGAAACUGUUGAAGUACACCGCUUUUGGACCUUCCUUUGCUAUCCACUGGGUGCAGGAACACAAGGUUGGAUCCCUGAUGCAGCGACGAGCCACAGUGCAAACUGAGCUGAAUUCUCAAGCAGAUCCCCGGAAGAUUCAGGAGUUGUCACAAGAACUCUCCAACUUGGAGGAGCACGUUGUCAGGUCCAGCAACUGGCUUGGCACGUUGCAAAGCACCCUUGUCAAGGUUUCCAAGGGCGACUUGCUCCUCAGGCAAUCAGAGGUGGCGAUGGACCUUUUGUCUGGUUCUGGCCACUUGUUGGAGGUGCAAUUCGACGGGGAGACCGGCUUUGGCAGCGCAGUCACCCAAUCCUUCUAUGUUGAGGUAAGCAUGGCCUUGCAGGACCGAGAACUGAACCGGCAGAUCCCGUUGUGGGUGGAGGAUGAUGGCUCUUCAUGCACGCCUUACUUGCUUAGUCGCCGGGGUCUGUUGAUCCGCCCCGUGGCCGAGGGCCCACUUAGAGAGGCUGCGUGUCAGAGGUUUCGUUUCCUUGGUCGGUUGAUGGGUCAUGCGCUACGGGAUGGCUUCAUAGCUCCGUUGCCCUUGACGGAGGAUUUUUUCGCGCUGGUCCUUGGACAGCGAUUGGGUGUCAAGAACCUUCCCGAACCAGGGGCAGGUCUUGCUGGUGAGCUGCUGGGAGCUUUGGCAAAAUUCGCAGAGCACCUGGCUGUUGGCCGAAAACAUGGCAAAGGCGACUUGUGGCGUCAGGAACAGGCAAACCUGCCCGACUUCACCAGCCGAUACCUUGCCACAGAUGCAGGCGCUGCGGGAAUAGAGAGCAAAGUGGAAGUGACAGAGUCGUCUGAGCAGCAGCUCUCUUUGGAUGACUAUCUGAAGCUCUUGGGUGUCAGCUUCCUGGAAACAGGCUUGAGCGGAGCUUCUCUGUGUCCGGGUGGCGAAAACGUGCCAGUGACUCUGGACAAUCUCGAAGAAUUCUUGGAGCAGGCAGCCACCUUCUGGUUUGACACCGGGGUACGAGCACAGGUGGAUGCAUUUAGGGCCGGCCUCAACGAAAUUCUACCAGUGUGGAGCUUGAGGGUGUAG